ACACACAAGUGUGAAGACACAGGAAGUGUUCUCACCAUGUGUGUGUGUGUGUGUGUGUGUGUGUGGUUAAAGUCAAGCCUGAGCAAGGAGAAGCAGACAUGAGCGUGGAGGCAGGCGGACAGCAGAGCUACGUGUCCACCUUCAAGGUCCGCUUGAGGGCCCCCCGCGCCGCGAAAGUCCCUGGCAGUGCUGACGCUGCCCCUUCAGACUCAGGACCCCCGCUCGCAGAGCCGCCCGUCUUCGCCGAGCCUCUGCAGGACUGCUGCGUGGACGAAGGCGAUGACAUCACCCUGCGCGGCGUUCUCUCGGGGAGCCGACCCGUCAACGUGACGUGGUUACACAACGGUGAGGCAGCCCGUUUCGGGAUUCCGACCCAAAAUGGCGACGGGGUGAGCUUCGUCGUGCGGAACUGCUUGCCGGAGGACGCCGGCGCCUACACCUGCUUGGCGGAAAACGCGGCGGGAAAGACUUCCGGUUGUGCCGCCGUCUUUGUCAGAGACUUUGAAACCAUUCACGGCGUGCAGACUUUGAAGGCAACAAAGAGCACGAUGGGAAUCGGGAAACCCCGGCACGCUCCUCAAGAACCGGAGAAUCCACCAGCGUCCUCGUCCCCUACCAGCGGUCUUCUGCAGAGUCCGGUCUCUUCCCUACGAGAGGUCGUGCCGAAGAAGCGAGCCAACUCCGCAACAGGCCCAGUGUUGCGCUUCGAGAAGCCUCCGCAGCACGUGGAGGUGAAGGCGGGACAUCCUGCACGCGUCACCUGCCGGUUCACCUGCAGUCCGCCUGUGGUGUCCUGUUGGAUCAGAAACAAGGAGCAGAUGGUAGAUGGUCCUGAGGUGUGGACGGAGAAUUUGGACGACAGCAGCACGCUGGUUCUCACCGCGGCUGGAGUCCAGCACACGGGCUCCUACACUGUGGUAGUGAAGGACCGCAAGAGCUCGGCCCAACACACACUCACCCUCUCGGUCAUUGACAGGCCGCAGCCUCCGGCCUCCUGUCCGCUGGUGUCCCUGCUGUCUCCCGGCAGUCUGGUGCUGUCCUGGUCGGGUCCCUCUUACGACGGAGGCAGCGCCGUCCUGGGCUACGUGGUGGAGGUCAACCGGGGACGGGACUGGACGGCGCUGACGUCCGGGUGUAAGAGCACCUCCUACAGGGUGUGUGCAGGCCUGCAGCCCGGGGACCAGUACCGCUUCAGGGUGAGGGCCUAUAACACGGUGGGGGUGAGCGAGCCGGGACCGCCGUCACCUGUGGUCACCCUGGACGACAAGAAGGUCGUGCCAAAGAAGCGAGCCAACUCCGCAACAGGCCCAGUGUUGCGCUUCGAGAAGCCUCCGCAGCACGUGGAGGUGAAGGCGGGACAUCCUGCACGCGUCACCUGCCGGUUCACCUGCAGUCCACCUGUGGUGUCCUGUUGGAUCAGAAACAAGGAGCAGAUGGUAGAUGGUCCUGAGGUGUGGACGGAGAAUUUGGACGACAGCAGCACGCUGGUUCUCACCGCGGCUGGAGUCCAGCACACGGGCUCCUACACUGUGGUAGUGAAGGACCGCAAGAGCUCGGCCCAACACACACUCACCCUCUCGGUCAUUGACAGGCCGCAGCCUCCGGCCUCCUGUCCGCUGGUGUCCCUGCUGUCUCCCGGCAGUCUGGUGCUGUCCUGGUCGGGUCCCUCUUACGACGGAGGCAGCGCCGUCCUGGGCUACGUGGUGGAGGUCAACCGGGGACGGGACUGGACGGCGCUGACGUCCGGGUGUAAGAGCACCUCCUACAGGGUGUGUGCAGGCCUGCAGCCCGGGGACGAGUACCGCUUCAGGGUGAGGGCCUAUAACACGGUGGGGGUGAGCGAGCCGGGACCGCCGUCACCUGUGGUCACCCUGGACGACAAGAAGUCGGACUGCGCACCACCAGAGGAGGAGUUUUGUCGGGACUCGCUAGUCACGAUGGAGCGUGCUCACAAGGUGACAGACCACUACCACGUGCUGGAGAAACUGGGAAUGGGGAAAUUUGGUCUGGUGUUCAAGCUGAGGCACAAAGAGAGCGGCCGCGUCUGCGCCGGAAAGUUCUACAAAGGCCGGCGGGCCAAGGAGAGGGAGGCGGCCGGCAAGGAGAUCGAACUGAUGAACAAACUGCAUCAUCCCAAGCUGGUCCGCUGCCUCGCCGCCUACGACCACAAGCCUGAGAUAGUCAUGGUCAUGGAAUUCAUCGCGGGCGGAGAGCUCUUCGAGCGCAUCGUGGACGACAGCUUCGAGCACACGGAGCCCGCCAGCGUGCGAUACAUGCUGCAGAUCCUGCAGGGCGUCUCCUUCAUGCACCAGCAGAGCAUCGUCCACCUGGACCUCAAACCUGAGAACAUCGUGUGCGUGGACACCACCGGCACCGCCAUCAAGAUCAUCGACUUUGGCCUGGCCAGCCAACUCGAUAACAGGACCCCCCUGAAGGUGAUGCAAGGGACGCCGGAGUUCGUCGCCCCCGAGGUGAUCAACUACGAGCCCGUGUGCCUGGCGACUGACAUGUGGAGCAUCGGGGUCAUCUGCUACAUUCUACUAAGCGGCGAGUCGCCCUUCCAAGGAAGCAGUGAUGCCGACACCCUGGCCUUGGUGACAGCAGCCCAGUGGGAGUUUGAGGAGGAGAGCUUUGAGGAGAUCACGGAGCAGGCCAAACAUUUUAUCAGCUCGCUGCUGGAGAAAGACCCCAGGCGACGGAUGUCAUGUGACGAAGCCCUGGCUCACCCGUGGAUGGCCGCCUUUGACUCGGGAGAUCCCGCCUCCACCAAGAGUCUCCCCAAAGACAAGAUGAAGAAGUUUCUAGCCAGGCAGAAAUGGAAGAAAGCAGGGAAGGCCAUGCUGGCGUUGAAGAGAAUGGCCUUGCUGAGCAAAGGGGACAGCUCCUCUUCACUCACCAGCCCAACUGAAGACUCUCCGCUGUCACCAGAGACCGAACACGCCCUGAUCGCUUUGGAGCGCAAAAUGCAGGGACCACCCAACUUCACCGAGACCCUGCAGGACCAGGCGGUCUCUGUAGGAUCCAGUGCUCACCUCUCCUGUCACGUCACGGGCUAUCCUGACCCAGAUGUGGUAUGGCUCUGCGGGGGGGAGCCUGUGGAAGAGUCGCCCUCCGCCCGCAUCGAGUACGAGGAAGACGGCCGCUGCACGUUGAUCCUGGCCGAAGUCGGGCCGGGCGACUCCAACAUUUACGCCUGCAGAGCCGCGAACGAGCACGGAGAGACGAUCUGCUCGGCGUCGCUCGUUGUCCAAAAUCCGCAUUAACCUUUUGAGAGUAUAGUUCUGAUGCAAAUAAAAAGAUACUGCGUA